AUCUUGGUUAGAUAUUGAAUUUUGGCGUUGUUAUUGCUUCUGGUUUCAAUUCAUUUGCAGGAUUUUGCUGGCGGCGUCUAAUUCACAAUCAGAUUUUGCAUGGACUUCAAGUGAAGAUAGAUUUGACCAACUGGGUUCAUUUCCUGCAAAAUAAAAUUUGAACAGUUUGGGAAUUCGAAAUCGAGUUGUGUGGGGUACUUACUGAUAGCUUGAGUAUAAUAUUGAUUCAGUAUGGAAAUGGCUUCAAGAGUUGAGAUUGAUGAAGAUAAUGACAACAAGGGAAGCAUGUGGGAUUUGGAGCGGAAGCUUGAUCAGCCAAUGGAUGAAGAGGCUGGGAGGCUCAGAAACAUGUACAAGGAGAAGAAAUCCUCCGCAUUAUUGCUUCUGCGGCUUGCGUUCCAAAGUCUCGGAGUGGUUUAUGGUGACUUGGGCACUUCUCCCCUUUAUGUUUUCUACAAUACAUUUCCUGGUAAAAUUGAAGACCCAGAGGAUGUUAUUGGAGCUCUUUCAUUGAUUAUAUACUCCCUUACACUUAUACCGCUCCUGAAGUAUGUGUUUGUUGUGUGUAAAGCAAAUGACAACGGUCAAGGUGGAACAUUUGCUCUAUAUUCAUUGCUCUGCAGACAUGCAAACAUAAAAACUAUUCCUAAUCAACACAGGACUGAUGAGGAGCUAACAACUUAUAGUCGUUCUACAUUUCAUGAACAAUCAUUUGCUGCUAAAACAAAGAGAUGGCUAGAGAGACAUGUGUUUAGGAAGAAUGCGCUUCUUAUUCUUGUCCUGGUUGGUACAUGUAUGGUCAUCGGUGAUGGAAUAUUGACUCCUGCAAUAUCAGGUAUUUUUCUUACACUCCGCAUGCUUGACUUCCACACACUUCUUUGCCUGCUCUCUUUGGCAGUUCUUUCAGCCGCAGGGGGCAUCAAAGUGAACCAUCCACAGAUGAGCAACGGUGUUGUUGUGGUUGUGGCUGUUGUAAUAUUAGUAGGUUUAUUUAGCAUGCAACACUAUGGUACAGAUAAAGUUAGCUGGCUCUUUGCCCCAAUUGUGCUUAUUUGGUUUCUUGUAAUCGGGGGCAUCGGCAUAUUUAAUAUUUGGAAGUAUGACAGCAGUGUUUUAAAAGCAUUUUCACCUAUAUACAUCUACCGGUAUUUUAAGAGAGGAGGGAAAGAUAGAUGGACCUCUCUUGGGGGUAUUAUGCUUAGUAUCACAGGUACCGAGGCACUUUUUGCUGAUCUAUCCCAUUUUCCAGUUUCAGCUGUGCAACUUGCAUUUACUGCAGUAGUAUUUCCUUGCCUUCUCCUAGCAUAUUCCGGACAAGCUGCCUACCUUAUGAGUAACAGGGACCAUGUGGUCGAUGCAUUUUAUCGCUCUAUCCCAGAUAGCAUAUAUUGGCCUGUUUUUGUUAUUGCUACUGCUGCUGCUAUUGUUGCAAGUCAGGCUACCAUAACAGCAACCUUUUCGAUUAUCAAACAAUCCCUUGCACUUGGUUGUUUCCCACGAGUGAAGGUUGUACAUACAUCAAAGAAGUUCCUUGGUCAGAUAUAUGUUCCGGAUAUUAAUUGGAUUCUUAUGAUUCUUUGCAUUGCUGUUACUGCUGGAUUCAAGAACCAAAGCCAAAUCGGAAAUGCUUAUGGGACAGCUGUGGUGAUUGUCAUGUUGGUAACAACGUUGCUUAUGACUUUAAUCAUGAUUUUGGUUUGGCGAUGUCACUGGAUUCUUGUCCUCCUCUUCACCGGCUUGUCGUUGGUUGUAGAGUGCAUAUACUUUUCUGCUGUACUCUUCAAGGUUGAUCAAGGUGGGUGGGUUCCUCUUGUUAUUGCAGCAGCAUUUUUGCUCAUCAUGUAUGUUUGGCAUUACGGUACGCUGAAGCGAUAUGAGUUUGAGAUGCAUAGUAAGGUUUCGAUGGCAUGGAUUCUUGGACUUGGCCCUAGUUUAGGAUUAGUUCGAGUUCCCGGAAUUGGAUUAGUCUACACUGAGCUAGCAAGUGGUGUGCCUCACAUAUUUUCCCAUUUCAUCACUAACCUACCUGCGAUCCAUUCUGCGGUUGUUUUCGUCUGUGUGAAAUACCUUCCGGUCUACACUGUUCCGGAAGAAGAAAGGUUCCUUGUGAAACGGAUUGGACCAAAGAAUUUCCAUAUGUUUCGUUGCGUGGCUAGGUAUGGCUACAAAGACCUUCAUAAGAAAGAUGAUGAUUUUGAGAAAAAGCUAUUUGAUAGCCUCUUCUUAUUUGUGCGGCUCGAGUCAAUGAUGGAAGGUUUUUCAGAUUCGGAUGAAUACAGCUUAUAUGGCCAGCAAACCGAGCGGUCCAGGGACGGACUGUUGAACAACAAUGGCAACACAACUUGCUCCUAUGUUGAUACCACAAUUUCAUCGGUGGAUUCAAUUGUGCCGGUGAGAUCUCCGAUGCAUACAAGUGCGACGGUAAGAUCUUCGGGGCAAGUAAGCAGCCAGACCGAGACCGACGAGUUAGAGUUUUUGAAUAGCUGUAGGGAUGCUGGGGUGGUACACAUUAUGGGAAACACAGUGGUGAGAGCAAGAAGGGAUUCAAGAUUUUACAAUAAAAUAGCAAUCGACUAUAUAUAUGCGUUUCUUAGGAAGAUAUGUAGGGCGCAUAGCGUGAUCUUUAAUGUUCCUCAUGAGAGUCUGUUGAACGUAGGACAGGUUUUUUAUGUGUAAGCGCAAGGGAAUUUCAUUAAUAAAAACCAGUAAUUUACAUUUUAAUUUA